GGGCACAAAAGGUCAAACAUUUGUGCAAGCAUGUGACCGAGUAUUUCGACAAUGGGAGAGAGAGUAUAGCAUGUCCGGUUAAAAAAUUGUUUAAAGACAAUGAAAACUUUUAAAGCAAGGUGAUUUGCACAAAUGUGUUAGUUGCAGUUGCAAAUGAUUUGGUGGUCGCACUGAAUAAUCCUGGAGAAUUUCAAGCCGAAUAGACCGGGAAGGUUUGUUGAACGAAAAUGGGGGAAGCCAUGGCCAUGGAUUCAUCUCUCACGAACUGGUUUCCGAACAAUGACCAAAAAGAAGAAGGAAGUCAUUCGCUUGGAGAGGGAGUCGGUUAUCCCCAUCCUCAAGCCCAGGCUUAUCAGCGCCUUGUCCAGCCGUCUCGAUUUUUCGGACCGGGAUGAGUUCCUGAAGUUUUGCCAGAGAGUUGAAUACUCAAUUCGAGCUUGGUAUCUUCUGCAUUUUGAUGAUCUUUUGCAUUUGUAUUCAUUAUUCGAUCCUAUACACGGGGCUCGAAAAUUGGAGCAGCAAAAUCUCUCGCCUGAAGAAACCGAUUCUUUGGAACAAAAAUUUCUAGGGAAACUGUUUCAGGUGAUGGAGAAAAGCAAUUUUAAAUUAACAACAGACGAGGAAAUCGCGGUUGCACUUUCUGGACAAUAUCGACUAAAUCUUCCCAUAUCUGUGGAUGAGUCCAAGCUUGACACGAAGCUUUUGACGAAUUACUUCAUGGAGAAUCCUCACGACAAUCUUCCAUAUUUUGCUGAUAAGUACAUAAUUUUCCGCCGUGGUAUUGGGAUUGAUCAAAUGAACGAUCACUUUUACCGAACAAAAGUAAAUGCCAUCAUUAAGCGAAUAUGGAUGUUCUUUCUCAAUAUCUUAGGGUUAAAGAGACUUUUAUUUGAAGCGUCAAGAAGCCACCAAAGUCAGGUAUUUUCAAAACAAAUUGAUAUCAGUACAGAUUCAGAUGAUGAUGGCUUGUAUGUUGAGCGGAUCCGCGUUGAGAACAUGUCACUUGGGUUCUCUAUGCUAUGGAACAAGAUUACAAUCCAAGAACCCACAUUUGAUAGAAUCAUCGUUGUUUACAGGCCAGCAAGUCCGAAUGAGGAGGUGGAGGAACGAGGUAUCUUCCUGAAGCAUUUCAAGAAUAUACCAAUGGCAGAUCUUGAGAUUGUGCUUCCGGAAAAGAAAAGUCCAGGUUUAACUCCAAUGGACUGGGUGACGUUCCUUGUGUCUGCUGCAAUUGGUCUGGUUACUGUUAUUGGCUCGCUUAGCGUCCCUAAAGCAGAUGUCAAAGUCAUUUUUGCUAUCCUCUCUGCAGUCGGUGGUUACUGUGUGAAAACAUAUCUCUCGUUUCAGGGUAAUUUAGUGUCAUAUCAGAGCCUAAUCACAAGCUGCGUGUAUGACAAACAACUCGACAGUGGAAGGGGCACUCUUCUUCACUUGUGCGACGAAGUUAUUCAGCAAGAAGUAAAGGAGGUGAUUAUUUCCUUCUAUAUAUUGAUGAAACAGGGAAGGGCUACAAAACAGGAGCUUGACAGGCGGUGUGAGGAGCUGAUUCAAGUUCAGUUUGAUCAGAGCUGUAACUUUGAAGUGGAUGAUGCGGUUCACAAGUUAGAGAAGUUAGGGAUCCUAAUCCGGGAUGCAGAUGGGGCUUAUUCCUGCGUAGAUUUGAGGAGUGCCAAUGACAUCAUAGGCAUCACCACGGAGGAGAUAGUUAAUAAAGCUAAAGAGGAUUGAUGCCUCCGCUACUUGAUACCAUAAUUAUACAGAAACUGUAUGUACUAUCUGCUCUCCAUUCUCACACAAUAUAAAGGCAGAGUUUGUUUUUAAAAGUUUUGUACUUUCAUCAUGCUUUCAACUGCAAUAGUUUCGUAAGGUAUGAAUUUAUUGAGUU